UUAGAUUCAUCAGAUGUCGGGACGUGGAAAACAAGGUGGGAAGGCUCGUGCCAAGGCCAAGACCCGUUCUUCUCGGGCUGGGCUCCAGUUCCCCGUGGGCCGAGUGCACCGCCUGCUCCGAAAGGGCAACUACGCCGAGCGGGUUGGGGCCGGCGCGCCGGUGUACCUGGCGGCGGUGCUGGAGUACCUAACGGCCGAGAUCCUGGAGCUGGCGGGCAACGCGGCCCGCGACAACAAGAAGACGCGCAUCAUCCCGCGUCACCUACAGCUGGCCAUCCGUAACGACGAGGAGCUCAACAAGCUUCUGGGCAAAGUCACUAUCGCUCAGGGUGGCGUCCUGCCUAACAUCCAGGCCGUGCUGCUGCCUAAGAAGACCGAGAGCCACCACAAGGCCAAGGGCAAGUAAACGGCGGUAUUCAAAUUCUUGAUCUUUGAGGAAUCAAUCUUAACCAAAGGCUCUUUUCAGAGCCACCCACGUAUUCAUUAAAAGGGCUUACAUUUUCCUUAUUUAAGCAGGUUGUUGAAAAUGAUUUUCA